AUGACGGAGCAUCUUCCUUUGGGAACAGUCAUCUAUACAUCGGUGAAACCGAUUUUCAAAAUCUAUUUUAUUAUAUUGCUAGGCUUCUAUCUAGCCAAAAGGAACAUAUUAUCAGUAACAACAUGCAGAGAUAUUUCAGAUUUAAUUGUGUCUGCUGUCAUGCCAUGUUUGAUCUUUGAUAACGUUGUGUCAAACUUAAAAAGUUCAGAUAUCAAAAAUAUUGGAAUCAUUUUUUUAAGUGGUACUAUUCUCUUUUUCAGUGGAGCCAUGAUAGCAUACGUUAUAUAUUGGAUUACAAAUGCCCCAAAGAGGUGGCUAGGAGGUUUAAUUUCCGUCGGAUUUUUUGCAAAUAUAUCCGAUUUGCCAAUUGCAUAUUUACAGACAUUUUCAAAAGGUGGAUUAGUCUUCACAACUGAGCAAGGUAAUAAGGGGGUUGCCUAUGUCAUUAUAUUUUUGGCUGCGCAGGUAUUUUAUCAAUUUAGUUUGGGUGGCUACAGAUUAAUUGGCUGGGACUUUAGAGAUGAACUCAAACCCCAACUGGAUGAAGAUGAAGAACUGAAGGACUAUUCUAAUGAAAAGGUUCUGAAAACAGCUAGUCAUAAUAAAAGUUCAGUUUUGGGAUCUUCAACUACAAAUAGCUUACGAGAUUCAGAUGGAAGACUAAUGGAAGAAGACCGGGAACAUGGAACUCCUGAGCAGCUUAGUGCCCAUAUGUCCCCCACUCAACAGAACUUAGUUGCUAACUCCUUAGUUAACACUGAUUCAGCUGCAUCUAGAUCAAUAGGAUCAUUCACAGGAGAAGAAUCACUCGCAUCCGCCGCUUCAAAUUCUGGAAUAAAUAGAUACGAAUCUUUGCGUCCCGUUCGUACGGCUGAGUUGAGACAACAAAAAUCACAGGAUAUCGGUGAUGUUAUAAAUGAAUAUUCCGAGUUUGACAGAUUAAAGCAUACCAAAAGUAGGGUUUCUCCUUGCAUCACAAGUGAGGUUGGUGUAGCUGUUCCAGAGCCGGAUACUGAUGAUUCAAAUCCGCCUUCCAAAUUUAAAACAAUAUCAUUGUCUUUGCUCAAAAGUUUUCGAACACCUAACUCAAUGGCACUCAUUAUCUCUAUAGCCAUUGCUAUGUCACCACCCCUCAAGGCCUUAUUUGUCGUUGCAAGAGUACAUAUACCACCAGCUCCUGACAAACAGCCACCCUUAUCCUUUAUUAUAGAUUUGACUAGUUAUGUCGGUGCCGCUUCGGUCCCACUAGGACUUUUAAUGCUAGGUGCUACCAUUUCAAGGUUGAAGGUUAAAUCGAUGCCACGAGGCUUUUGGAAGACUGCAAUUCUUCUUACUGCUUUGCGAACGAUUGUUUUGCCCAUUCUCGGUGUUGGGAUAACAACUGGGAUGUAUAAAGGAGGCUGGUAUGGAGAUGAUAUAGUGGUAAGAUUUGUAAGUGUCUUAUCGUUUGGUGUGCCAAGUGCUACAGCCUUGGUUUAUUUUACUGCAUUUUACACAGAUCCUUCAUCGGAAGAUCAUUUGCAAAUGGACUGUUUGGCCCUUUGCUUGAUCUUUCAGUACGCAGUUGUCUACAUUUCAUUGCCUUUCUUAAUAACGUUUACACUUAAAGUAUCUUUAGGUUAUUAA